AUGAAGUUAUUUUGUUUAAGGGUGAAUUCUACACAAAACAAGGUUCGGGCUGAAAAAAGCAAUGUACCAUGUUUGAAAGGAUUUUGCAUCUGUAAAUGGAAACAAAAAAGUGCAAAAUGCAGCGGUUUGGAUUAUAUUCCGAGAAUACCAAAUUAUGUAGAAAACUUAAAAUUGAAAAAAAACCGUCUAUCUCAUAUCAGCAUGGACAUUUUUCAAAAUAUUUCGAACAAUAGAAUAACUAGUUUAACAUUCGUUGACAAUUCAAUAAAAAUGUUGACUUCAGACGCUUUCUAUAACAUGAAAUAUCUGAAACAUUUAGAAAUAUCGCAAGAGAAGAAAUUAAAUAUUUCUUACUUGAAACUGUCGUUCAAAAGUUUAGAUAAGCACGUUAUGGAAAAUAUGAAUUUUAUAAACAAUGGAUGGACGAUGCUUCCAAUGGACCUAUUCUCUGGUUUCAGAAAUUACACACUAAAAAUACUACAGUUUAACGAUAACACGUUUACGACUUUUAAUGGCAGUCUGUUGUCGGAAUUUUUAGAGAUACAUAAACUUUAUGUCGAAAGAAAUGAACUCGUAUUCUUAAAUGCAAGUGGUUUACACUCAGUUAUUGAACUAAUUCUAACUGCAAAUAACAUGUUUGAAAUUCCAAAUUUCUGUGCGGAAAACGCAGGACGGUCGUUAGUACCCAAGUUUUCUCGCCUUGAUAUGACAGAUAACGCAAUUCGAAAACUACACCCAAGAUCUUUUAAGUGUCUACAUAAUCUCACACAACUUACACUGGAUAAAAACCGUCUAGUGGUCUUAGAAAAUAGAAUUGUUUCCAGUCUUACAAACUUAGAAUCCCUUUCGAUUAGUUCGAUACCUCAUCUGUCAGUAAUCAAACCAGGAGCGUUUAAUUGUUCUUCUUUGCAAAGUUUAAGAUUUGUUCACAAUGGAUUCCGUUUUGAUAAGGAGAAAAAUAAUAAUGGAAAACAUUUAUUUAACCCUAUCGAACUGUUCGUUAACACACAAAGUCUGAUGGAACUAGAUUUAACAAAUAAUUAUAUGCCGAAAGAUCCUGGAAUAUUUAGGCAAAUGUUGUAUCCACUAUCAAAUUUAACUAAACUGAUUUUACAGGCAACUCAUAUAGCGUUAUUGCCGGACGAAUUAUUUCAAGAGAUGCCAUUUUUAGAGACCCUUAAUCUGAAAGGCAAUAGAAUCACAUCAUGGAACCAAAGUGUGUUCGAAAAUCUGAAGCCUUUGAGAAAAUUAUAUUUGGAUGGGAAUCAUAUUCGAGUUAUAAAUGAAACAUCAUUUCCGAUCCAGUUACUACAUUCUUUGAAAGAGCUAGAUGUAUCACAUAAUGAAUUCUGGUGUACAUGUGCUCAGAAAUGCUUUGAAUACGACGCUUUUGUCAUUUACUGUGAUUCAGAUCGGAAGUGGGUCCAUUCGGAACUCCUUAAACGUCUUGAAGAAAUUGACCUAAAAGUGUGCGUUCAUUAUCGAGAUUUUGAUGUUGGAGAAUCCAUCACAGACAAUAUAACAAAUUAUGUAGGCAAAAGUUGGAAAGUGAUUGUUGUUAUGUCGAAUAAUUUUACAAAAAGUGAAUGGUGCCAAUGGGAACUUGAUCUUGUACAAGAAAGGAGGCGACGACAUGGCAAAGAAGCACUAAUUCUCAUAAUGCAGAGUGAAAUAGAUUCAAGUCAUAUGACCAAUUCUAUCAGGUCUUUACUUGACACGACACCACAUUUGCAGUAUCAACAAGGGUUAGGCGAAGAUCUGUUUUGGUCUGUGAUUAUGAAAGCUGUCAUGAAACCAUUCAAGGACCCCCCUACAGCUAUUCUGUAGAGUCAACAAUAAUAUUUUGUUCUAAAAAGAACUCAUCAAAGCUGCCGGAAUUUAGUGUGGUACAGCAUACGCUUUUUUCGUCAACAUUUGACGGUAGCGCUCAUAAUAUUUGGAAGUACUAAUCAUAUACAAAGUUGAAGAGCUUUGAAAACAUAAAAUUCCGAAAAGUUGAGAUAAAUGCGACUAAUAUGUAUUCAACAUAAUUGUAGAUGAAUUUUGUUAAAACCCAUUCGAUUCAUAUCUUGGAGGUUGUCACUUUAUUUGUCCUGGUGUACCACAUUAAACAUUGUAAUUAGAAUGACAAAAAUAUAAUCAAGG